GGUUGACAAUUAGAGCUUGCCUGUUACUGCAUUUCCGGACUGUGAUUACACUUGGUCGCAGUUUGGUGUUGUGUUUUAGCGUGUCAAGUUUUUGGCGCCGUUGCCGGGGAACCUCUAGGUUAUUGGAGAAACGUGAAAGUUUGUUACUCUAGCUUUUUCUUUACUGAAUUUUCUCUCUUCCACCUGUGUGCCUUCACGGGUUGCUUUUGCUGAUUGUGUGCAGGUAGUGCAUGACCCGUAGCCAGUCGGGAGAUUUACUACCAUUAGUCCAGGAGCUUGAACGGACCUGUAGGAACUUCAAGCGGGUUCUAAAGGCGCGACUGGCUGCGGAGGAGGUGCUAGCACAGCUGCAAAUUGCCGUCGAAGAAGAGAUGGGUGACCCACAGAAUAAUGAUGUGGUCAUUCCCGAGGAACAGACCAUGGGAUAUUACUGGACCGCUAGAGCCGCGGACAUGAGGUCGCCUAUUCAGCACCCUCAAGUCCCAGCCAACAAAUUUGAGGUGAGCACCUUUGUCAUCACUAUGUUGCAUGGUUCGGUAGUAUUCCGUGGCAAAGAGGGGGAGUGCCCCCAAUCACAUAUGAGGCGAUUCCACGAGCUCAUCGAUGGAAUCAAGAUAAAUGGGGUCCCAGCCGAUGCCAUCCAGUUGAGGUACUUCCCAUUCACUUUGAAGGAGCAGGCCAAGGAGUGGCUAGAUACCAGACACCUGGAUCGAUCACCAUGUUCACCAACCUGGAGGACAAGUUCCUCACUCCCCAGUCCAAAACGGCGGACCUGUAGAAGCAAAUUACCCACUUUGCUCAGGAUGAAGAUGAGACCAUCCAGGAUGCUUGUGAACGAUACACCAGUCUUUUCCUCAUGUGUCCCAACCAUGGUUUUACUUACGCCUUCAAGGUGGGCACCUUCUACCAUGCCCUUUUCCCGGAGGACAAGCAGCUGAUUGACUCAGUCUGUGGCGAGAAUAUGCUCACCAAAACACCACCACAGCUGAAUCAACUUUUUGAGGAGAUCGCAGAGCAGGGCUAUGAUUGGGGAACUGCGAGGAGAUCGAGAUGAGCACCAGGGCGGGGUGUGCAUGUUGUAGCCACCCAGUCAUCUGAUUUAGUGCAGGUGGUAUCUAAGCUGGUUUCAGCCAUCGAUCGCUCUGGGAGGAUUUCAAGUACAGGACAGCAGUAGGCGAUGCACUGCCAGUGGUGUGAGAGCUACCAUCACACCGUGGAGGACUGUCAUGCGAUGAGGGGGUCGUCUACUCCCCAGGAGCAGGUGAACUUCAUCCACAAUGCCAGGCGCAACGAUCCUUAGAGUAAUACCUACAAUGAGGGAUGGCGCCAGCAUCCAAAUUUCUCCUGGAGUGGCAACAGCAAUCCAAAGCCACCUGGCUUCCAGGCUCCUGCAGCUAGUUUUCCAAACCAGAGAUAGCCAUACCAGCCUCGCCCGGGCCAGAUACAGCAACAACAGCCACUCUAUCAGCCCAGACAGGGGAAGUGAUAGACCGUUAAUUACACAUGUUUUCACCCCUGUUCUUACACCGUUUGAGAUGUGGUUUCUCGUGUUUUAGGCUGAUUUCACGCUAGGUAGUGUUUGUUUGUGAUAUUUCAGGUCCUAGUACGUGAAUUGAGGCUUGGGAGCGAGUUUGGGGUCGAUUGGACGAAGAUCGGGCACGAGGCAAGUCAAAAAGGAGGCCACACGGGCACACCCACAACUCACACGGCCGUGCAAGUUACCACUUUGGCCAUGUGAGAUUGUGCGAGAGCAAACACGGCUUGCCCUGAUAUCCACACGGCCGUGUGAAGGAGUGGUCUGGCCGUGUGAGAUUGUGCGAGAGCAAACACGGGCAGGAUGGAAAUCACACACGACCGUAGCGACCCUGGCCGUAUGGGAAACCUGAAGAUCGAACUAGUUGGAACACAGCGUUUUGACUCACACGGGCAACUGGGUAUGCCACACGACCAUGUAGCCCAGCCCGUGUGAGUCGGGAAUUCCUGGUUUUAACCCAAUUUCGGGCUGCAAGAGAGAGGAUCGGACUUUUUGAGCAAAAACAGAGCCCUAGAGAGAGAAAGGACGAAGAACACAUCCUAGAAGCCAUCUUGGAGCUGGGUUUCAUCAAAUCAAGCUUGGAGAUCGUCAUAGGAGUGGAAAUCAUCAUCCCAGAGCAGAUUCUUCCCAUAAUUAUGAGUAUGACUGCUUUGUAUCUUGUUUUCCUCUCUCUCUCUAUGGAGUAGAACCCUUCUCUCACUUGGGGAUGAAGAACCCUAGCUCUAUGUGUUAGGGAUUGAUUGUAAUGACUUGGGAUGAUAUUACUGUUUGAUUUUAAUCGAAUGAUGCAUGUUUAUUGAGUCAAUUUAAGUCUGAUCAACUUUUCCUGAUUUCUGCUGCAAUCUGAGAUAGAUAGAAUCUGAUUAGGUUGCUAGAGUCUCAUCAUUCGGUAGUAGGAGAUUGGCUAUACGAGAGUUAGCCAGUUUACUGCUUUGUACUGGAAUCUAAUUCCAGUAGUGGAGUUCUGUUCUUACUGCUUCAGCUUUCUAUCUCGGUGAAGACUAGUCGUCUGCCGGGUAGUUAGACUGAGAGGGCUUGGUCAGCUUAAGAGAUUCCAAGCUACUGUCGGAUCUUCCGCAGUCUAAUCAACAGUAAAUCAACCCAGGGAAAUACAAUUUAAACCUAACU